AUGGAUAAUCAUUUAACAAGUCCAAGUAGUGGUGGUAUUGGUAGUGGUGGAGCCAACGGUGGUAAACCGAUGCUCUUCAGAAAUAUAUUUAUAUCACUCGAUCCAACGUUCUCUUUUACGUUGAUGGACAACUUUUGCAGAGGUGUUUCAGCACAAAAGACAACCGAGAUCUUCAAUUCACUUAUAUCGCUACUCGAUGACCAUUUCCUCGAGUUAUUACGUGUGUACAUUAGAAUCAACUUACAACAACAAAGUACCGUCGGUCCAAACGAUGAUGCUUCUUUUUUUAGUUAUAAAAAUGUCGUUAAUAGAAUGACAUCAGCAUAUUUAAAGAUACAUUCGAGUUCAACGGUUGAAGCGUUGCUAGCUAGUCAGAUGCAAGUGUUGGCAGCCAACAUUCAACAUUUUUGUUUAAAUAAUAGUGGUGCUUCUUCACAACAGAAUUCAACAGCAACAGGAACAUUGUCAGCAUCACUAACACCUAGCUUUGAUCUUAGUUGUGGCAGUGACACCAGUAACUAUAGUAACUAUAGCAGCUAUAGUGGUAAUGGUAGCAGUCUAAACAACGACGAAGCACUCAUUCAAUUUGCAAUAUCGAUCAUCAACUUUAUUUGUAAAUCACACGAUAAACUAUCACCACAAACCUAUUACCUAAUGCAUCUACUCUACAGUGAGACAAGUUCAAUCUCCAACACUGGUGAUCAACCACGUUAUAAUAUCGAGUUGGUAAAACGUAUUUUCUUUGGCAAGUUGAUCGUUCCAACACUUGCUAAUAUGAAACCAUCGGCAUCUGCAUCUGCACUCACCAAAAAGGUGUAUGUAGAGAUAUCAAAGAUCGUAAGUGAUCUUGUUUUCGAAAAGAGUCUACCAGAGAUAGGUGGCACUCCAAAUAUCACCAGUUUAAAUAACAACAACAACAUCAACAAUAAUAUUUUAUCAAAAUCAACAAAUGGUCAAAAGAUUGGAUCACUUGGUAUACAGCAACAGCUAAAUGAAUUCUUUAAUAUGAUAGUCAGUCAGUUGCGACGUAGCCAAUCGUUCACACCACCCUUGAAGCCGUCAGCUGUCAACAAAGAUGAAGCGUACGCAUAUUUCAUUCACUACCUAAAGACAGAGUCGUUGCAGCUCGAUGAAUUUUUCAAAAAGGCAAAAGAUAAUGGAGUUGCGAAUGGCGAGCGAAACUACUAUCUCUACGGUGUCUUCAAGGAGCUUUUGAAUGGUUUGAAAGCGAUAUCGAUGGGUGGACUCGGUCUGACUAGUUCAUCGUCGCGAACAUCGAUUCACGCUUCACCGCAGCAGCAUCACCAACACCACCAUCACACCACCGGCAGAAUCAGAUCGACCACCGGCAUUGUCGAAGCGGAACUCAAGCUUUCGUCGCUCACGCAAUUCUCACCGUCACUCGCACCCAAGAAAGAUUCACACAUCGAGCUCAAGAAGUGGUCGUCGGACGACUUGCGUUCCACCUACAAUGGAAAGUCGUACAAGCGACGAUGUGCAGUGUUGGAAAGACAAUCGAAAUCAAAAGAUAUACUUACUUUCCAUAUUUAUACGUCCGAUACCAAUAUGACCGUGAGGAAUAUACGUGUGCCGCUCACCGUUAAUAUUCGUGCUUUGAUGUCGCGACUUCUCAACGACCAAGAGAUGUCCGAUAUCAGCUACAACAAAGAUGUUCAGGACUAUGAGCUGGUGGUGCGAUACAGUGAGCAACUGGUGAUUCUGGGUGUGAACAACAAUGGCAACGACAACGCAAGUGAAGCACGUGAAGUUCUAACCGAUACCGACCUACCAUUGUGGAUACCAGAGAAGAAGCGAGCUUCACAGCCAUUCUCUAUUUAUUUAAAGUGUUUGUUUCCAUCGUUGCCAAACAACAACCCAAUGGAGUCACCUCGAAGCGGACUGCCCUCGAACAACAACAACAGCGGCAACAACAAGAAUCCAGUGAUUAUGUUUGUCAGUCUUCAACUCAAUCCCAAAGCAAUCAUCGAAGAAACACUGCUCAAACAUGUUAUCGAGUUGGAUCCAACUCGUCUUGGUCUAUUCCUUUAUGAUCUCGAUGAGAACGCCCAGGGAUUGCUACCGUACCAGAUCCCAAGCGAUCGUGUUUUGGCAGGCAACAAGAUUGGAACCAUGGAUAUUCUAGAGUGUAACUUUAGAUAUGCAUUCGAAUUCACUGCAAUCAACGAAGCCAUCAAUAUUACAAAGCUGAUCGAACAAGACACCUCGAUAGAGACAGCAACGAUGACUCUUGUCAAUGCAUCACUCAACCACAAGAACAACAACACAAUCACUCCACGUACCGAUCUAAAUCAAUUCGCCAUAGCAAUAGUCUCACAGAACACUCGAAUGCCUGGGUUCCUCAACGCAGGGACCAGACUCUGCGACUAUCCACUGAACCUUGGCGAUGAAAUACUGAUAACUUCGCGUCAGAUGAUCUCACUCAUUGAGAAAUUCGAAAAGAAAAAGCAUCUCUCUAGCUCUAACGAUGACCAGCAACAUGUUGCGCCAUCUUCCUCGCAGAUGAAACAACCCGAUACCUCUGCAACACCACUCGUCUCGACACCAGCUCAACCACAGACACGCUAUCGAUUCAAAGUAACUUGGAUCGGUCCAAAGAAAGAGGUGAAAGAGUACAACAUCAAUCUGUCACCACUCAUGCUACUCGGUGUGCCACCACUGAACACCUCGCUGAUCAAUCCACAGUCACCUGGCACACCACCCUCAAUCAACAUUGCGCCAUUCGAAAAGAGAAUUUCAAUCUUUUUGACAAACACGCUAACUCUCGAUCCUUCGUUGGUAGCCAGUUCCAAAUCGAAUAUCUGUAUCAACAACGAUGUUAAACUCUGCUUUGUUGGUGACGAGAGUCCAGACAAACUGAAUCUUUUCAACAUUCUCAAAAAGUCGGGUGUCACUCGUCGCGAAGGAUUGAGCAACAACGCCCCACCUACACCAUCGCCAGCUACAACUCCAGGUCUCAACGGACAGAUCAACGGUGGUGCCGACCGUGACGACCAAGACCUCACUGGAAUCAAAACAUCCGACUGGAUCUACAAUCAACCUGAAGCACCAGACUAUAUCGUUGCAUUCAAGAUGUUCUAUUUCAGUGGACUCGAAGUUCACCAAUCUACUCAUCCAUUGUUUGUCACACCGGAAUCGAUCUUUGUGGUCACCUAUCCAUCGACAGCAUUGAAUGAAUCGACCAUCGAAUAUUGGAUGGAAAUUAUUCAGGCUAAAUCACCAGGAUCCAUUGUCAUAGUAGUCGGUACAAGUACUGAGGAUCCAUCCAAGAAAACACAAUAUAUCUCACAGACACUGUUGUCUCGUUACACAAACAUUCUCCACUACCUCCAAGUCAACAUCAAGAAUCUUAAGCAAGUCAAAGCUCUUAUCCAUUCGAUCCACUCUAUUGCCAAACAAAAACAAUUCCGUCAAAAGGUUCCAAUUCCAUUCGUACUACUUCGUAAUCAAUUGAUAGAGACCUGUAAAGAUGCUUCGAGGCACUCUCGUAUACCCGCCACUUCACAAGCCAAGAUUCGCUCCAUUGCCAAAUCCAUCAAUUUGGAAUCACGUCAGAUCGAUGACGCCAUGAAGUAUCUCUUGCGCUGUGGUGAUAUCCUCUACUACCGUGACGACGGUGAUAAUGAGCUCAAUGACAUUGUCUUCCUUGAGCCACUCUGGUUGUCACGUGUACUCUCGACCGUCACCAACUUGAAGCAUCAGAACGGUUACCUCUUGAUGGGUGGUAUCAACCAGGCCUGGGACGAAAAGUAUCCACGUUCGAUUCACACCUCUCUCACUCACCUCUUGGAGCAGUUUGAAAUUAUGCAUAGCAACACCGGUGGAGACAACGGUGACAGUAUCAUCGUGCCAAUGUUAUUCUCUGAGGAGCGUCCAGUGGUAAUGGCAAUGCUCUGGCCAGAGUUUGACCAUAUCCGUCAGCAACACGAACGUAUCUAUCAAUUCCAAUUCCUUCCUAAGGGAUUCUUCUCGCGUCUCUCUGUAAAGAUGCUUCAAAACUUUGAUCCACUCUGCAUUUGGCAAGGUGGAAUGGUUAUUCAGCCGGCUGGUCAGGUUUGGGCAGGUGCAGCGAAGAACGAUCAUGGCCAAGCCUUCAUUGAAUACAAUCCCGGUCAGUAUCGAUUGAAGAUGACCGUUCGUGACAUCAAAGGUGGACAGUUACUCAAGAAUCUCGUCGAUAUCAUUUCAUCGUUCAUCAUGUGGUAUUUCCCAGAUCGUUUGACCAACACCUAUGUCACAUGUACACACUGUAUUGAAUCGCGUCGCAAGGAGAAUGCAACUAUCUUCUCACUCGAUUUCUGUGAGAAAGAAGCAUCGCACGGCAAUGACUUUGUGAUGUGUAGUGGUGUGCACCAAGUCAAGUUGAGCGAGUUGGCAUUCGAAGUGACAGUACACAGCAACAAGUUCUCUAUCAUUCCAUUCAAAGACUUGAAGAUUGGUCCACAACUAGGAGCCGGUUCAUUUGCAAAUGUAUAUCGUGGUCUUUGGAAUCAAUCGGAAGUUGCAAUCAAAAAGUUGAAUCUCGAAGAAGAUGACACUACAACUGAGAAAUUCAGAGAGUUUAGACAUGAAGCAAUGCUUAGUGGUGAUUUACAUCAUGAAAAUAUUGUAUCAUUGAAAGGUGUAUCAAUGAAUCCAUUCUGUAUUAUUACAGAGCUAUUGAGAUAUGGUGAUCUAUCGAAAUUCCUUAGAAAUACAACAGAUUCUUUCAGUUGGAAUACAAUCUUGAGAUUGUCGAUGGACAUUGCCAAGGGUAUGUCGUUCCUACACAGUUGUAAGCCAAUGGUUAUUCACAGAGAUUUGAAGAGUGCCAAUAUCUUGUUGGGUGGUACUUCCAUUGAUACUCUGAUUGCCAAGGUGUCGGAUUUCGGUCUAUCCAUUCGUAACAUUGAUAAGGAGAUUAAAGGUCGUAAAGUUUGGAAUUGGCGUUGGCUAGCACCAGAGAUCAUCAAAAACCAACAAUACACCGAAAAGAUCGAUAUCUACUCCUAUGGUAUGGUUAUUUGGGAGUUGAUUACUCGUGACGUUCCAUUCGAUGAGUACUUUGAAGAGUUGAAGUGGAAUAGCGUCAUCGAGGAUAAGAUCAUCGGUGGACUGAGACCGACCAUCCCCGUUGAGUGUCCAGAGAGUUACCAAUCGCUCAUCAAAGAAUGCUGGCAUGAGGAUCCCAAGAAACGUCCAUCGUUCGAAGAGAUCAUUGUCAAGUUGAAACACAUGCAACAGACAUUCCCACUGGCAACGAAAAUGGAUUUCAAGCGUGCAGCCGACCACACUGUAGAAGCCAGUGUCGACUACUCACCGAUGAUCAACCAGUUGGAUGUGUCACCAUGCGACACUCCAGGUCGUAUCAACGAUAGCGAUAUGAUUGUUGGUGCCAACACCACCCGAGUGUUUGCUGACAGACACUUGCCAUCGCCAGCCGGUCUGGAACCAAUUGACUCACCGCGUCUGCACAUUGGUGGCGCAGACAUUGGCGGAUCCAACGCCGAUUCCGAUGAUAGUAUCUCUGUUGUCUCUGCGACACCGACCAUGUCAACGGUCAGCCAAUUUAUUCCACACAGCUCCUCGUUUGUUUUGGAAGAUCCACCCAUUGUUUUCCGUGAGUUUAUCUCUUCGAUGCUCACCUCUGCCAUCCAUUGUAUGCUCUACGUUCACAACAAACAGGAACCUCAAGUUUGGUGUGGUUGUGGCGAUGGUUCAGUAACUGUUUUCAACACCAAUUCGAAAUCGAUCAUGGCUAGUUACCGCAGUCCUGAAUCAACAAGAAUCAUCGGUAUAACACAAGUAAGAAAAUCGAAAGGAAAGAUUGUCAAUCCACUGGAUGAAGAAAUUCAAAUAUGGGCAUACUAUUCCGAUGGUAUUUUGAUCUACGAUCCCAAAGUUCCAUACAAACCAACCAGAAUUAUCAAAACCAGUUAUAUCUCUCACCUCUUUGAUGACGGUAAAUCCGUUGUUACCAAUUGUAAAGAAAAGAAUAUGACAGCAAUUAAAAUCUAUAGUAAAACUGUAAGCUAUAAUUAUAUUAAUUAA